AUGAGUCAAUAUCAAAAUAUGAAAAUUAUAAAAACCUGUUUGAAUUGCAAGAAUGAUGAUAGCAAUCCCAUUGAAUCAAGUGAGAUUACAACUGUUCUUCCUGAUCUUCAUGUUGUCUGGGAUAAAAAUUAUAAAAAUUUGGCAGCUUCACUCACUGAAAAGUUUCAAAUUAAAUAUCUUUGCAAAAAAUGUAAAAACCAGAGAGAUACCAACUACAUCAUGGGACCUUACCUGUUGAUUGAAGUAGAUACUGCAUAUCAAGAUUCUACCUAUGCAAAAUCUAUUGGCAAAAACACAUCUGAAGUUUUCACUAAAGUAGAAGAUAUACCAGAAAAUAUUGUAAUUAAUGACAUAAAUUUUAUUUUAUGUGGAGUUAUAAGGUUCACUCCUCCACCUUCAAUUGGUGGCUUGGGCCAUUACACUGCGUAUUGUAGGAAAAAUAAUGGUGAAUGGGAUUAUAGAGAUGAUCAGCGUCUGAGAAAAAAUUAA